GCGACAUAUUAGUAAACGGGAAAAUAGAUUAUAGAUUAACGGUGUAUUACGGGGACCGUACUGUGGUCUUCUAGGUUGUGUUUUCUCUUUUUAUCUCUCUCUUCCUAGCUGUUUAAUAAUGAUGUUAAACACAGGCUGGUUAUACACCUUUCAAUGCACGGAAACUAAAGUGUAUGUAUAGUUUAGCAACUACUGUUAUGGUUAUAUAUACGGAUAUGGUUAUUGUGAUCACUGAUAAAUCGCCAUGUAUGGUGAUUAACAAAAACAACUCUGGAUUCUUGUAUUUACUGAAUACUGAUCGCUAUGGACUGAUAAUGAACAUGGAUCACUGAGGAUUUUGGUAAUGAGUAUUCGAAGAAUAACUUAACAUAUAGGUCUGUGGAUUCUUGUAAAUAAAUCCGAUCACUAUGGAUUCGGAUAAUUUAAAUUAGCACUCAUUCUUGUGGAUUCUGGUAACUGAUACAGCUAUGGAUACCAGUGAUGUACUUGUGACAUUUCCUCUCUUUACUGAUGGCCAUGAACAGGUUAACGUAGCUAAUGAGAUACAACGGAGGUUCCGUUCGUUUGUUGGGUGGACUGGGAUUAAGACUCCGGUCGAUCUCGCUAUUGCUGGGUUUAGGUACACGGGGGUUGAUGACAAGGUUCAUUGUGAUGCAUGUGGAUUGAGACUUCACAGCUGGCUUCCUGCAGACGACCCUAUAAAUGAACACCGUCGACAUUCCCCAGGAUGCAGUUUCAUAAGGAGGUGGUUCACCCCUCAGUCUGACUUCACCGCAGGAUUUCAGACUCAACCCUUUCUAGAUUAUCCUCUGCCAAGAUACCCCCAGUACAAAGAAUAUCGACAGCGACUGGACAGCUUCGAUGGAUGGCCGUAUGGACUUGAACAUCAGUCUCCUGCCAACUUGGCUCGUGCAGGAUUCUUCUUCCACAACGUCCCUGAUCGUGUGAAAUGCUUUCAGUGUGGAUUGGGACUGCGUGACUGGGACGACACGGACUAUCCUAUGGCUUGCCACGAGGAAUGGUCGCCAGACUGUCCUUUUAUUCGGAGUUACAAAACACAAGCACAACAAAUGAAUCAGCUACCACACAGGGCUCUACCAAGUGCAGAACAUAUGCAAGAAACAACUGCGUCUGUCGAAAGUGUUAAGCCUACUUCUUCUAAUGUCAGUUCUCCUAUUUCAGUCGUAGAAGCAGCAGCAAUAACAAGAGAAGCAGCAACAAACGUAUCACCAGCAUCAACUGGAGCAACAACAAAAGUAUCAGCAGUAACAACAAUAGUAGCAGCACCAGCAGCAGCAACAAAAGCAGAAGCAGUAACAAGUACUGAAGUUACUGCUGCUGUAGUUUCAACUGUUGGAAGUGUUACUACUUCUAUCCCAUCCCAAGCAAAAGACGUAUCUGUUUUUAUGAAGAACACUAGUUCUAAUACUUCUUCAGUGGUGGAGAAAAGCUCAGAUCAUCUUUUAGAUGACAUAGAUUGGAGCAGUCCAAUGGUUAAAGCCACUAUGGAGAUGGGAUGUUCCAGUGAGUUGAUACAGAAGUUUGAGAAAUACGGACACAAAUUAUCAGCACAACUAAAGAGCGUAAUGUAACUAAAAACACUAAUAUAGUACAAAAUAGUCAUGAAUCAAAAUAUUGUUUGGGAAUGAUAGACUCUAAAUAAACUUUUACGCCUACUUACCUGGGUUUAAGGUGCCAAGGAAUGCUCGUUAAUGGAUCUCAAAAUUAUAAAUCAAUAUAGUUUGUGAAGUUACAUAAAGGUGGUUGAAGAUUCUUUGGAUUCAGAGCAGGAAAGUCAUGGAUCCCUUACAGGACUGCAUUUAAAAAUUUCACACAUUUCUGCUGCAUAUUUCACUUUUUAAUGUUUUCACCAAUUACAAUACAUAUUCUGUUAGCAAUAUUUUGAUGCUGUCUGAAGUGUUGAUACCAAGGUAACUGUAAAUUAGUAUAAUAAUGUAUAGUAAAUUACUAUUUUUUAUGUUCCUCUGAAUACUAGUAAUCUUCUGAGUAUAAUAUACUUGUUCUGAACCAUACACAAACUUCAAAGCUGACAUUUGCAAGUAAUUCAUUGUCAUUGUCUCAUUAGAGUUAUAUGCCCAGCAGAGCAUACUUGAAACUUAUUUGAAAAUGAGUAUGGUACAAACAUUUCUAUGAUCUCUCCAUCAAGUAAAAAACAUCUAAUUAUUUUUUUUUUAAAUUCUAUGUAUGUAUUUGAAAAUACAAACGUUACACUUUUAACUCAAAUUUAAAGUUGUUGCCCUCUCUAAUAGAGUAUACUAAUAUAUCGUAGGUUCAGGGUUCAAACCCCACCCUGCUCAAAGCAAUUUUUUUGUUAAAAUAUAUUAAAUCAUACCCCACUAAAAGCGUUGCUUUCCUCAGUUUAGAACUCUCAUGCAUAAUUUCUUGCACAUAUGCCUGUAUUUUUAGUUUUUUUCUCAUCACAGAGCCUGGGUAACUACCGGUAGUUAAUGCAUGCUGACGUUAUUAAAUGGCUAUAAUAGGUGCCAAACUAAACUAAUUUUAAUACAUAUAAUGAUACAAAUGGAGAUACUAGAGCAUGAGAACAGAUACAUCUUUACAUAUACUUAAUAGGUGCCCAUGAGACUGUGAAUAUAAUCUGUUAACUACAGGUAUUAAUAAUCUAAACUUUAUGCACUUUGGUAGAAAAACUUCAUUUAAUUUAAACGUCUUUAUAU